AGCGUCAUCCAAUCAGCUGGUUUUGAUCCCGCCCGCCUGCUGACUCCUUCCGCUUGUCCUCGCGCUAUUUUGCUCAGUGUUUGGUUAUUUUUCAUGUGAAUAUUAUUUAAUAAAACAGUGUUAAAGGCUCCCAAAGGGUCUAGUGAUUAAUGCAAGAAUUAAGAUUUUAUUUUAGCAUUUUUUAUCCUUCAUACUUUAUCCCAAUAAUGUCGCCAUUUUGACCAUCGUACAGUUGAGUAAAUAGUUUUGUUUGGUUUGGUCGACAAAUAAUUAAUAAUUUCUGCUUGUUGAAUAAUGUAAAUGGAUGUACGAUUGCAAGGAAUUUGGAGAAAAUGUCCCAGAAAAAUAGUACGCUAAAUUUCUUAAUACAUGACGCCAAUGUCUUAUGUUUUAGGUCAACCUCAAAUGGUGAAAGUUGUCAAAAACACUGGCAACCAACCCAUUAGCCACAUAAAAAUCAAGCCUAAUCCUGUUAAAGUUAUUAAACUACCUUCAUCUGGUGAAGGUAGCACUCAGACUCCAAUAAUCCAAACAUUAAAAUUGACUGGCCUUAGCUGCUCAUCAAAAUUGGUACAAGUACCUGUUGAGACAUUAGCUCGUCUUCAGCAAAUUACACCGAAACCAGAGCCAGUUGAACUUCAGGAAGAAGAGGUAGAAGACGUUGAAGUCAUAGUCAGUGAGUCGGGACCUGACGUGAUAGAAGCAGUUCCAGAACUAGUUCCAAUCAGUACAAUAGUAGAGUCACAGCCAGUAACAAGUACCAGUACUGCCCCUCCUAAGGUCAGCAACACGCCAACCAUGUCUCACCAUACAUCACGACGGAGACAUGACUCUGAUAAUGAAACUCCUCCUGAGUACACCACAAAAAGACGCAAACACGCAGAUAAAGUUGGCAAGGGUUUGAGACAUUUCUCCAUGAAAGUGUGUGAAAAAGUCAGAAACAAAGGUUUUACUUCUUACAAUGAAGUUGCUGAUGAGUUGGUGUUGGAAUUUGCGACUGGAAUGCAUGGAUCUGCAGACAGCCAACAAUAUGACCAAAAGAACAUUCGGCGGAGAGUGUAUGACGCACUAAACGUGUUAAUGGCGAUGAAUAUUAUCUCAAAGGAGAAAAAAGAAAUCAGAUGGCUUGGAUUACCUACUAACUCAGUACAAGAAUGCACAUCUUUAGAAAAAGAAAAACAGACUAGGCUUGAACAGAUACAAAAAAAGACACAGCAGUUACAUGAACUAAUAUUGCAGCACAUCUCAUUCAAGAGUUUAAUAGACAGGAAUAAGGAUGCAGAGAGCAGAGGUGUGAAACCAUCAUCUUCCUCAGCCAUUCAUCUUCCCUUCAUUGUGGUGAACACAAGUGACAAAGCUCUCAUAGACUGUAGUAUUUCUAAUGACAAGACAGAGUACAUGUUUAAUUUCAACAAGCGUUUCCAAAUUCAUGAUGACAUAGACAUUUUGAAACGAAUGGGUCUUUUAUUUGGAUUAGAUAAAGGAGAAUGUUCAGAAGAAGAAAUUGACAGAGCUAAAAGUAUGGUGCCUAAAUCACUGGAAUCAUAUGUGGAACAAAUGGGUAGAGGCACAACUUCUAAAAUUACUGACAUGUUAUUGUAUGAGGAAGAAGAUAUCAAUGAAGCAGCUGUUGAAGAGGAACAUUUAGAGGAAGAUCUUGGAGAAGGAGAGGCAGGUGCUGGUGAGCGGGAGGAAGACCACGAUGCAGAGGGCAACGACUAUAGCGACGACAGUAGUGACGUCGAUGUCUAGCGACCGCAAUUCGCGCAAUCAAGCGCGGCCUCUGUUUUAUUAUAGUAUAGAUGUUAAAGUUUCACAGCUAUGCUAAGCUUGAGUAAUAUGUCGAUAGGCUCAGCAUUAUUAUAAGUAAAGUUUAACAUGGCACCCUUGAUUGUUUUUGUCAAAUGAAUUAGCUACAAUGAGAUGUAGUACAAUAUCUUUGUUGAUGAAUGUUUAUACUAGAAUAGUCUUACCUGUAGUUAGCACAUUCACACAGCUAAAUAUCAAUUUUGAAGUACCUGCGAUGAUCAACACUGGUAUUAAAAGAAGUAUGAAUGUUCUAUCAUACAGUUCAUUGUUAUUAUUAAUUUCAUAUACUGAUAAAUUUAGUUUCUCUUAAGUAUAGGCCAUGAUCAGUGCAUUUUGAUAGAAAUAUGAAAUUCCCAACUAUUUUUAUAGUUUCCAAACUUGCUUGUUAAUUAUGUACCAACAAAUAUUUAAACCAUUAAGUUCAUCUUUUUCACUAAGAAUAUUAUGAUCUCGCAAAAUGCUCUUUGAAUAACUCCAUUUAAUAUGUUCAUUAUUGAUAGAUGGUUAAAUUUGAGAAUCAUUGUCAGUCAUAAGCUUUAUGUUGCAGGCACAACAAUCAGUGCAUAAUAAACACAAAAUUUGUAUUAUACAAUAAAAUGGGAAAUGCCAUGAUAUUUUUAUCUGAUGUC